AAGAGGAAUUUCAGAGGAAAGGUCUGGAGGUCCUGGCUAAAUUCCCGAGAAACAUCAAAAUGGGGGUGAUAAGUACAAAGUUACAGGAGUUUCAGAUGACUGAAUCAAAAGGUACCACCACCCAAGCUGGGAAGAAGGAUGAGAAAUCCAAAUAUAAGGCCAAGGUAACUAAGAAACCAGUGGUAAUGAAGAGAUUCGAUCAAGCCUGCAUGAAAAAGCCACUCCCCCCAAGAGCUCAGACUCCCUUGGUUAAGGUGAAGAAAGAAAGAAAACCACAGAGAUUGGGUCUUUACCAUCGGCUGAACGAGAAGCUUAACCAGGAUGUACAAGAUGAACUUGACAAAAGCGAGGACAGCAGUUCCAGCAGCACCUCAAGUGAUGACCUGGAUAGACAGUGA